CACAGCAAGGAAGACCCGUUCGUUGUUCAUCCUCUUCCAAUCGCAAUACAGGACACAGGCGGUGCCGGUAUUGUCACUACCGCUGCAGGACUUUCCCACAGAACAAGAAAGAAAAACGGGCUUUGUCGGUUGCAUCCUAGUAUCCGAGGCACUUUCGCAGCGAUACGUUCCAUCGAGUUUGGGCGAGACAACAAUUUGUUGCCGAGCGAGAACGAGAGUGAGAACGAGAACAAGAGAUAAAGCCACGAUUGCCUCCAUCGCCAUCUCCAUCGYUAGGAAUUAAGUUUUCCUUCACUAGAAACCAAAUACAAAUACAAAAACGAGAACAAGAGCAAUCCAAACCAGCCACUGUACUGCUAAAACCAUGGCCGGUUUCAGCUUCGGAUCGACUCCCGCACCGGCUCCGGCAGCGGGCGGGGGCGGAUUCAGCUUUGGUGCGGCUCCCUCCGCCGCCGCUCCCGCUCCCGCAGCGGGAGGCUUUAGCUUCGGGGCAAAGCCGCCCGCUCCGGCUGCCGCGGCUCCUGCCCCCGCGGCGGGAGGCUUUAGCUUUGGGGCAAAGCCGCCCGCUGCCGCCGCUCCUGCCCCCGCAGCGGGAGGCUUUAGCUUUGGGGCAAAGCCGCCCGCUGCCGCCGCGGCUCCGUCUCCGGCCCCCGCGGCGGGAGGCUUCAGCUUUGGGGCAAAACCGGCCGCUCCUGCUGCCGCGGCUCCGACGCCUGCUCCGGCCUUUGGGGCGAAACCGGCCGCUCCAGCUCCUGCUCCGGCCUUUAGCUUCGGAGCGGCACCGGCUGCUGCUCCCGACAAGAAGGACGAGGGAAAAGCCGCACCGGCCCCCGCGGCCCCGGCCUUUAGCUUCGGAGCGGCACCGGCUCCGGCGGCGGGAGACGACAAGAAGGAGAAAGGGUCCUCCGCUGCUGCUGCGGCUCCCGCCUUUAGUUUCGGGGCUGCCGCACCAAAGGCGCCCGCACCGGCAGCCGACAAGAAGGACGCCGCCAAACCCGGGGGAUUUUCCUUCGGGGCACCGGCACCGGCACCAGCGGAUGCCUCCAAAGCCGCCGCUGCCACGGACGCUUCCACGACUCCCAAGGGGGCAUCCACGACGGUUGGGUUUUCCUUUGGCGCUGCCGCCGCGACRCCGACUCCCGCUACGCCCGCGGGAGUGGCGACUCCCAAGGCCCCCGCUCCCGUCGCCACACCGGCCGCCACCAAGGCGUCCGCCACCCCGGCACCCGCAACGACUCCGGCGGCGGCUCCUCCUGCUCCCAAGGAACCCCCCGCCCUCGAGUACCAAACGCUGACGGUGGAAGAAAUUCUCAACAAGUUCCAGAAGCAGCUCGAGGAAGAYGCCCUGGCCUUUUGCGAAGAAGCAAAGCGCGUCUGCGAAUUCGACGCCGUUCUCCGGGACAGCCAGAGGGACCUGGCCAAGCUCACCACGGAGGCCCAGAGGCUCAUGAUCGAACAGGAACAGGUCGAGCGUGGACUCGACGGGAUCGGGGCCUUCCAGAACGAACUCGAAACCACCCUGGAGGCGGUCGAGGAACAGGUCGACGCCAUCUUCCGGUCGCAGGCGCACCUCACCCCCCUCGACGCCGACGCGGAGCGGGAACGCGCCUACGAAACCGCCAAGCAGAUCGAGUACCGCCUCGACCACUCCACGGAAACCCUCCGGGAGACCUUCGAGACCCUCAACCACGCCAACGCCAGGGCCUUUGGGGGGACCACCCUCGGGGGCGACGCCAGCGGCGAGCACGGAUCCGUCCAGACCCUCGGCGACGUCGUCGCCGUCCUCAACCGACACCAGGACGGCCUGGCCGAGCUGGAGGCGGCGGCCCAGAAGCUCGAGCUGGACUGCGGCGAGGUCCACGCGGUCCUGGCCACGACCCGCCGGUAGGGGCGAGGCCGGGACGAGCCGAGCCGAAGCGAAGCGAAGCGAAGCGAAGCGUGACCACGCCGCGGCAGUCGCAAUCAUUUUUUAUAGGGAACAACAGUAAGCUGAAACGAAUUUAGUACAGUAUACCAAAAACGUACCGUAGCAGCAAAAGACCAAGGGCAGUCGCCAUCAAUUGCAGAAUUCGUGCGACCAGUAGUACAAAGUUCUUGAGCGAAACCCACUAGGAAGAAGGAGAUGUUCCCAACACAACAUGGUGCUUUUCCGUUACAGCUGGUAGAAAUACUCUACUACCAGUUGUACUAGUAUUUUGUAUCGGUAUAGCUCCUUGACGUUACUACUAGCAAGUGGUGUGAACAUACUACGGGCAGUAGUUAUCAAAACCGUGCUUGGCUUGGAUCACCAACAGUUGUGAGUGGCUAGUAGAGAGAAGAACCGCGACCGCUAUCGGCAGGAUUGGGAAAACCAWACAAGUACUUCCUGUAGUAUGAUUGGUUGCUGCUAGUUGGUACCAUUUGUCACACAGUGCUAAUAGGAGUAGUGAUUUUUCAAAAACUCAAAAAUCUAUUUCCACCAGAAACGUAUGCGGAAAAAUCUUUUUUUUUUCUUUAUACACGUUUUACGAACUCGUUACAGUCUAUUUCGUGACCAUUUCGGUCUUCGCAAUGCCGACGAACAAUCGACGCUAUCAUUCUUUUCUAUUCACUCUGGUUGCAGGUGUGAUUUUGGAUCUCCUACUAUUGUGGCACCGGGCAGUUUCCGGAUGGUGCGGCUUGAAAAUGUUGUACCGCCACUGGCUGGCCGAUACUUCAUUUGCAGCGAUAGCAUACUCGGAUCAUCCUAGUGGCAAAGAGUGAUGACUGCAGAUCUAGAGCAGCGCACAUCGGGAACUGCUUUUGCAUUCCGUGUAAAUGGACCCAGGAUUCGCUAGUACGAUAAUGCCGCACAAGGUUUGCAACACCACGAAUUCCGAAAAUUAAGACCAUCCACUCCCUAUUUGUCGACAUGGUGAGAAGGAGCUGUGUACAUUUGACGAAUUGGUUUCCAUGCAGUUAUCCCAUUUGUGCAAUGCCGUUGUUGCUAGCGUUGCUAUUUUUUUGUUUUGCUCCUAUUUCCACCACGACUUGCCGUUCUUGUCAAUCGGUGGGCUGUCCUUGCACGGCAGUUUGCUCGGCUUGUCCCUAUAGUGGCACUUGAAACUCGGUUCUGCCAAACAGCAAGCAUCRGCAAACGGACUCUCGUGGCUUUCAUCGCGCAGCAGGGAGAGUUCUCUGGGAGUUUUGUGAACGCAUUCCUCUUUCACGUGCCACUCGCCUAUCUGCUCCAAAAAGAGCAGCUUGUUGUCCUUGUUCAGCGUCCAGCUCAUGUGGAAGAUGUAUKGAUCGGCCUCCCCCGCUAGCAUCCGUCUCAUGUACUUGCCGGACUUCUGGUGAAAGUGCCACCCGCCGGGGAACUCGUCCGUAUCCCGCGAGAAAACCUUCACCUUCAGCCCAAAGAGAGAGACGUGCUCGUUCAUGAGUGCGAUCAGGGCCUGCUGAUGGGAAUCGGUCUUGAGCACCAAAUCGGCCGCGUUCAGCAGGGAGGAGAAGAAAUGCUUGGUGCGAGGGUUGGAACGGACGUAGUAAAAGCCGCUGUUCGCCGAGUAGGGGGCAUAGCGCGUAGAGUGGCCACCAUCGUCCUGGAACAUCAUGUCAAAUUUCUGCAGGCUCUUAUUGCUCUUGUCCUCGAAAAAGGGGAUGGGGUUUUUGUACCAAACAAUGUCGACAUCCUGGAAAAGGAUGUUAUACCCGAGAGAGCUGACCAUGUGCACGCACAUAACCUUGGCCAUCAUCAUAAGGGUAAACUUGCGAUCUCCGUACCGGGCUGCAGCCUCGGACGGAAUCGAGUCGAAAUUCURUUGUUGGUGGGAACAAAAAAAUUAUGGUGCC